AUGGUUCCGAUUCCCAAAACCAGUUUAUCUCUUCUACUAUUGCUUGGGCUGUCCUCGGCCCAAGUUGUUGUUUCUCAGCAGAGCUGUCGCUUUGAAGGAGACGUCCAAUUUUGCGAGAAUAGCGAUGGCCAGUUUGUUGCUGUAAGCACGAGGGCAUCUUCCACAACUGCUGCCGCCCCCACUACGUCAUCUGUCGCUUCUCCGGCCACCAUCACAGCUGCUCCAGUUACAUCGUCAGCAGCUUCUUCGACAGUGGAUGUAGCAAUUACUGCUCUGACUGGGUGCCAUAUGCACGACAAUGUUCAAUACUGUACACCUGCUCCCUCCGGGACAGAGAUCGCUGUGGCUACCCAAACUUCUUCCAGCGAAUCCCUUUCUACAGAGUAUAAUGACUGCCACAAUCAUGAUGGUGAAUUCUACUGUGUGAAUGAAAACGGUGAGGAUGUGGCUAUUCAUGCCCUCGACUCGGACGAAGAAUCCCACUCGGAAGAGGGACAUGAUGAGCACGAGGGACACGGUCAUGAGGAGGAAGAUGAGGAGAGCCAUGAGGGUCAUGGUCAUGAGGAGGAAGCGGAAGCUCAGAAUUGCCAUUUCCAUGCUGGAGUUGAACACUGCACUGGCGGUACGGCGGCUCAGCAAGAAGCGACCUGUGAACGACCCGACCGCGAAUAUAAUCUUAACAUCCGCAUUGGCUCACUCUUCAUUGUUCUUGCCACCUCCUCUUUCGCUGUAUUCGGGCCCAUCAUACUUCGGAAGAUAGCCAAGGGUAUUUCGACCACUGGAAUCCGCUUCACCAUAAUCAAGCAAUUCGGUACUGGUGUGAUUAUCGCGACUGCUUUCGUGCAUCUUCUUACUCAUGCGAACCUAUUAUUCGCAAGCGAGUGCAUGGGAGAGUUGGAAUAUGAGGGUACGGUUAUGGCCAUCGCCAUGGCUGGGGCAUUUCUCACUUUUUUGAUCGAGUACUUUGGUGGACGUUACGUUAUGCACAGGCGCGGGCAGAGAGAAUCCGCGGCUUCGUCUCUAAGGGAGGAAUCCGAGAUUAAGCAUCACUCAUCAGAUCCCGAAAUAAUUCAUGCGGGAGAAGGUCAAGGGCACGGACAUGUUCACUGCAUCGAUCCCACGGACGACAAUCUCAGUGUCUGGGUCAUGGAGGCUGGAAUUAUCUUCCACUCUAUCUUGAUCGGAAUCACAACCGUUGUAUCUGGCGAUUCGGGUUUCUGGAGACUUUUAGUUGUCAUCAUCUUCCACCAGAUGUUUGAAGGUCUUGCUCUUGGCUCUCGGAUUGCUGCCUUGACCAGCGUCUCCAGCCUGUCGAAAUUGCUUAUGGCCGGUGCUUUUGCCUGCAUCACUCCCCUUGGCAUGGGCAUUGGUAUCGGUGUUCUUCAGCAGUUCAACGGAUCCGACAAAGCCACUCUCAUUGCCCUCGGUACUUUGAACUCUUUGAGUGCCGGCAUCUUGAUGUGGGUUGGCUUUGUCGAAAUGUGGGCUGGUGACUGGAUCCACGGUUACCUCAAGAGAGCAGGCGUUGCCCUUACUACAGUAGCCAUGGCCAGUUUGCUGUGCGGAAUGAUCUUGAUGGGUGUUUUGGGCAAGUGGGCGUAA